CACUGCUCUUACAGAAUGUUUUUUAAAACAUGUUCUAUUAAUAUUGGAAGAAAUUACGGCAUAUUUUUACUACUUCGACUGAUCCUUUUUGCAACAGUUCUAUGGUUAGUGGAAUCUUUGAACUGUGUUGAUAUUUCUAUUUUUAUAAGGGAGAAUUCUUUCUCCAACUUACUCCUAGCGGAGGGCAGAAUACGAACCCAUGUCGGCGUGCAGAAUGAUGGUGACUGCGCUGUGAGAUGUCAAAUACACCCUGACUGUAAAUCGUUCUUCUUCAACAAGAACUCUCGCACCUGCCAGACUAACUCUGUGAUUCACCUGACAACAGCUGGGUCAGUACUUGACGAAGGGUCGCUUUACUUCAGGACAAAAACGGACUGCCCUAGUCCUCCUCUCGUACCGAAUAGUAAUCAACUAUUUAACGCAUCAACCGUCGCCAGAUCUCAGGGUACGUCCUUACAGCAUGAAUGCCAGACAGGGUUUGUACCUGAAAAUGAUCUUACAACUAUCAUCUGUCAAGAAAACUCCACCUGGACAAACAUAGUUUGUAAACGACCAGAUUGCCCCAGUCCUCCUGUCAUAGGAAACAGCAAUGAACAGUUUGUCCGAUCAACAGUUUCCACAGUAUACGGAGCUACUUUACAGUAUGGAUGUAAAUCAGGGUUUGUCGCUGAAAAUGGUGUCACAACCAUCACCUGUGGUGUUGACGCCACAUGGACAGGCAUGGUUUGUAAGCGUAAGUAAAUAUGUAUAUGUGUGUGUUUUAGAUUUGAACGUGGAGGUAAUUCGUCAUUUUGCCAGGCAGUGAUUAAAAUAAGUAGAAAGCUCCAGGUUGCAUUUUGAG